CACCCAAGCCCAACCUCAACCGAGCAUCUCUCACAUCUGAAGAACACAGGGACAUUGAGAACAUCAACAGCAUCGCUCAUUUUCAUACAGUAUUCGAAGAUAAUCUACUAUUGUUGUUGCACGUAAAAGAUCAAGAUAACUUGCUAAGCAAUAGGAAGGAGAAGGAAUUUACAUUUGAUUUUGCAAUUUCUGUCUUUUGGGAUAAAACAGCAGCAGGUUGUGAAGUGGUGAAACAGAGGAGCACAAGGACUCGUACUGUUAAUGUGAAGCUGUCCAGGUGAAGGACUUGGCUUGCGCCAUCCUCCCUCUGCAGGACGCUGAAGGAGCUGGCGGGGUUUGUUCAUGCUGACUGCUGCAGUUGGACAGACAAUAAGUGUGCCACAGAGACUGAAAUCAUCUCAGAAUGGACCAUCAGGACCACAUGAAUUCUGGACAGGUGGGUGACUCUCAGCACUCUCCUGGGAACAACAUAGCAUCUGGUGUAGCCAACAUGACCAUCGGUGAUAGCCAUCAACAAGACAUGAAGAACGGGAGAGCAGCGCAUAUGGGACCGGGUGAUGGGCCAGUGAAAGAGGACACACAUGAACCAACGCCUGAGGUGACCACCCUAAAGCCUGUUUUAGAAGACUCCAAACCCAAGCCCUCCUUUGAUAAAGAUGUUCCACUGGCAGGAGCUGGAGAAGAAGAUUUAACACCCGGAAGUCUGCCCGAGAGUGGCCGGAGCAGUGCGGCAUCAGUGGAUGGGGAGGGAGAGCGAGAGAACGGACAAAAGGAGAGCUCUGUCAGCUCAAGAGAGUCUCCAGUGUCUCCACAUCCACUACCGACGACUCUAGCUGAUGAUUUGGGUUCAGGGAUCAUGGGCUUUAACAGCCAGGUGAAGAAGAGUCCCUCAGAAAAGAUGACUGACCAUCAUAGUACCAGUGGCUCUGAGGAGGAGGAGAAAGAAGAACAUGAGAUGGAGAAAUCUGAGAGAAGAUCCGGUUCUCCUAGUGUGGAAGAAGCUCCCAGAAGUGCUAUCAACAUUAAAGAGGAUGAAGAAGAGGACAAAGAAACAGUUAGUGAUGAAGAAGAGGAAGAAACUGGAAUUUCCUUGGUGCCCAGUUCUGUCACCCCAGACUUGACAACCCAGAAAGGUGAAACCAUUGACGAUGAACAAGAAACCCCUUCUCAUCUUCCCAUGACUCCAGAGGAAGCUAAAAAACGUGGCCUAUCGUUUGACUACACUGAACCUCAGGAUCCCAGUCGUCAAGGUGGUCCUGUGGGCUGGGAAUGCAGCUCUGACAAAACACCACCGGAAAGCAAGAGCCCCGACUCCUGCAGGGCUGAUCCGGGAUCACCUCUUUCUCCCAGUGCUGUUGCCGAACCUACCCAAGAGGAAUCAUCUCUAACAGACUUACAAACAGAUGCUCAGGAGGAAGAAGAGGAAGCAGAGGUACCAGAACCUGAACAAGUAGAGGAGGCAACAACCAUUCCUCCGUCCUUCCAAGAAGUUGCUGCGCCCAAACUACAGCCUAAGGCAGAGGAACAUAGAGAACAUGAAGAAGUAAAAGAGAUCAAGCAGGAGAAAUAUUUGGAGACAAGCGAUGAUGAUCAAAUUGAUACGGAGAAGGUAAAGCCUGUUGCCAAACCUGAGCCUGUUGCUGUUCCCCAACCUGUUGCCAAAACCGAACCUGAAGCUAAGGAUGCCGUUAAGCCCAGUGCGACCACACAAGCACCAAGCAAAGCGGCUCCUAUCAAAGAAUCUCCUGCAGAAAAAACAAAGAAACCCGUCGCUACAGUUGCUGCCACUCCUUCCCCUAAAUCUGCUCCUAAACUUCAGAAAACUCCCUCUAAAGAUGCUGCUCCGGCCAGAAAAGCAAGUGUCCCAUCCAAAGCCAAGGCUGGAGCAGGGGCAACUCCUGAAAAAAAGGCUGGAGAUGCCAAGACAAAGACGGCGGGUGCCAAACCCCAAGGAGUUGGCAUCAAAAUCCCUGCUGCUUCACGGAUGGAGCAGCGAAAGGCAGGACCAGGGUCCAUUGAAAGAGCUGACUCACCUAAAACCCCAGACCGUAGUGGUUGCAGCAGCCCAGCCAGUCGGUCCUCCACCCCUGGACAACAGGUGAAGAAAGUGGCGGUGGUGCGCACCCCUCCCAAAUCACCUGGUUCACUGAGAUCUCGCGCCCCGAUCGCUCCUGUUGCACCCAUGCCUGACCUGAAGAACGUCAAGUCCAAGAUUGGCUCCACCGAGAACAUCAAAUACCAACCUGGAGGCGGGAAGGUUCAGAUAGUGCACAAAAAGAUCGACCUAAGCAACGUCCAAUCAAAGUGUGGCUCCAAGGUCAACAUUCAUCACAAACCGGGAGGUGGAAAUGUGGAGAUCAAAUCUGAGAAGCUGGAUUUCAAAGGCCAGUCAAAAGUUGGAUCUCUGGAGAACAUUGGACAUGUUCCUGGGGGCGGACAGAGGAGGAUUGAGAGCCACAAGCUGAGUUUCCGAGAGCAAGCCAAAGCACGCACCGACCACGGCGCUGAGAUCGUGUACCAGUCCCCCGACAUUUCCAUGGAUGGAUCGCCCCGCCGCCUCAGCAACGUGUCUUCCUCCGGCAGCAUCAACAUGGCCGACUCCCCACAACUGUCCACGCUAGCUGAUCAGGUGUCGGCCUCCCUCGCUAAACAAGGCCUGUGAGCUGCCGGCACCAAACCACACAUUGAGAAAAAAAAAAAAAAAAAAAAGUUACAAAUGUAUCUCCUUCAGUCCUUUCAAAAGAGGUGCUUGUCGGAUUUCUCCUAACUAAAGGUUGUCCCAGCGGCUUGUCUGCUUGUGAAAUAAUUUUUGCCUCCUGGCACGGUGAGACAGGUAUUGAUGUUAUUGACUUAGUAUUAACAAAAGAGAGAGAGAAAAAAAAAACGCUUCAAUUUAAAAGGAGCUGGUGGUGUAUUGAUCCAAAUGGUCAUUUACAGCACUGAGUAGCCUGAUUUUUUUUCUUUUAAUACCCCGUUUUUUUUUAAGAAACAACAAUGACAUUUGCUUUCAAAGCUGUAUUUGCUUCGUUGCCUUAUUGUGAAU